AUGCGAAGCAUCACUACAACAAACAGUACAAUUCUUGAUAAUCUACUUUUCUUGAGGAUAUCCUCGAUUCUAUUUUGGACUUCAAUAUUUACAAUUUUGUUUGUUCCACCGCCGAUCGAAGCCGGAAAACUAUUAAAACCUGUGUGUAAAACUGUUGGUACGUUUUUAUUUUUAUUUAUUUUUUAUCGUGGUUUCGUUAGAGAUCAUGACCAAUUUUUUUGAGAAGAUUGUGACCAACAAAAGCAUUUUUUAGGAGCUGAUGAAAUAAUCGAUGAAGAAGGUUGUGAUCUACUAAUUCUUCAUAUCAAUAAAUGCAGUGGUUACUGUAGAAGUCAAACGUGGUGGGAUCCGUUGAAACAUGAGACAAGUAUUCAUGCGAGUUGUUGUCGAAUGGUUGAACACGUUUUAGUUGAGACCGAAUUAAUUUGUCCAUCUGGAAAUCGACGAAUUCGAAUACCAAGUGCAACAAAAUGUGAAUGUUUUGAAUGUGCUGUUCAGUAG